UGCUCCGUUGCUGUCUUGUGUGCGCCCCGUGCCGCCUUCACGCUCACAACCGUGUCGUAAAUUUGAAAACCGCACGCACGACCGAGAAGGACACGGGGCGCUGCGAGCUUACAUGAAAACACUUGCGGCGGCAGCGCAAGUUUGCCGCACAACUCUCACAGCCCCAAGUUGCGCCAGGAGCUCCGCAGUUAUGUUUUCGUUUUGGAGAAACCUGAAUGCGGCCCGCACCGUUAUUCCGCCGCAUUGUCCCGCGGCGGUGGUCUCCUCUCCGCGGCCGCGGCCGGCUCUGACUCCAGGCGGCGACGGGCGAGGGUUAUGCCCGAAUCCCAGCAGAAAGUGCUCGGGGAAGCGCUUCAACGUGCCGCCGAGCGCCGAGUUCGUCGCACGGGUGUCGGGGAUCCCCACCAUGGCCAAAUUACCUUACCAGGAGACGGCGGACGGGCUCGACGCGGCGUUUGUCGGCGUCCCCAUCGAUACCGGGACCUCCAACCGGCCCGGAGCCAGGUUUGGUCCCCGUCAGAUCAGAGCAGAGUCUGCCCUGCUGAGGGCCUGCAACAGUGGCACCAGGGCAGCGCCCUAUGAGUCCCUCAUGGUGGCCGACAUCGGGGACGUCAAUGUGAACAUGUACGACCUGAAGGACACCUGCAAGCGCAUCAGGGAGGCCUACCGGAAGAUCCUGGCGACUGGAUGUGUCCCUCUGACUAUGGGUGGCGAUCACACCAUUGCAUAUCCGAUCCUGCAAGCUGUUGCUGAGAAGCACGGCCCGGUGGGUCUGGUCCACGUGGAUGCUCAUGCUGACACCAGUGAUGUGGUCUUGGGGGAGAAGAUUGGACACGGGACUCCAUUCAGACGUUGCGCGGAGGAAGGCCUACUGGACUGUAAGAGAGUGGUCCAGAUCGGCCUGCGGGGUUCGGGCUACUCUGCGGACUCAUAUGAGUGGAGCCGGGCCCAGGGCUUCCGCGUGGUCCAAGUGGAAGAGUGUUGGUUCAAAUCCCUCGCUCCUCUGAUGGCUGAGGUCAGGGCCCAGAUGGGCAGCGGUGCCGUUUACCUCAGUUUCGACAUCGACGCUCUCGACCCGGGCUUUGCCCCUGGAACCGGCACACCAGAGAUAGCAGGGCUUACCCCCAUCCAGGGAGUUGAGAUCAUCCGGGGCUGUCGUGGUCUGAAUCUUGUCGGAUGUGAUCUAGUGGAGGUGUCUCCACCCUAUGACACCACAGGAAACACUGCACUGACCGCUGCCAACCUCCUCUUUGAAAUGUUGUGCGUCCUCCCAAAAAUGAAAUAUUAUUGAUCAGAGCAGACCACACAGAACAGGACAGGUAGUUUGUUAUUAAUCAAUACGGUUACCUGAAAACCAAAUUAACAUGCAGUUCUGCUGAAUAGGCCGGAAUAAGGAGGUCAAAUUCCAUAAAGCCGUUAAGGGGAUAAAUGCAGCACUGAGGACCAACUGAAACAUUCGGCAGUACCAGAUGUCACCAACUUGUCUACGAAAUUCAUAAACUCAGAAUUUUGUUAAUUCAAUGUAAUAUAUUCAACUUAUCUUUAAUCUGAUAUAUAAUAUAUUCGCCUUAUCUAGAGAAUAAGGAAAAUGGGAUCCAAUAAUAGUAUAUAUGAAAAUAUGGAAGACCUGGUUGACAGGUCAUCACCAAAUGUUCUGUUCAUGAAAACAAAACAUGCUGAACACUCUGUGCAACAGUUGUCUGCGUGGGCAAAAGAAUGUGGAUUUCCAUCCAGAGGUAGUUUCAGUGUUAAGACAGUUACAACAAUGAAAGGAAGCCUUGGAGAAAAGGGAAAAGGAGAGUCAGGAUGAAUGCGAGAGGUUGUCAAAAAAGAAAUGGAAAAGAAAGAAAUGUAAGUUGUUUGUGGCAGACUGGAUAUUGAACAUAAUGUUGGUUAGAAGAAGCAAAUGGGAGGGAAAGAUGCUUGAAGGUAGGGACAGAAAAGCCGUCAAAACCAGUGUCUCAGUGUGUCAAAACAGAACCGGACCACAGCUCACCCCUGCCGUCCAGGAUCCUACGCCACAACCGCCGGAACCGGUCCCGAUCCCAGGUCAUCAGGCUCUCACUUGUGGGGACCUCAGAUCUCUGUACAGUGCUGAGUCCAUUUGCAAACGCUUAUGAAAUCAAACUCACUGGAAAGGCAAUAUUCUGGUUAAGUUGUCUUCAUUGUCAGAGACAAGUCCUCAACACAAGCUACAGGAUCAGAUAGCAGGAUAACAUGAUUAUGUUCAAUAUUUACAUCUCACGGUACCAAGAAAGUUAUAUUAAUGACAUUUUGACAGUUUAUGUUGACAAAACUGAUGAAUAAACCAAGCAAUCACA